AAAAGAAACAAGUUAGUCUUCCACUUCAGCAAUCUUCUCUAACCAUGGUAAACUAAAUGCAGGAGGUGAGUGCAAAUAAUUAUAGGUAAAAACUUGCUUUUUUUCUGUGCCUUUUUUGCAUUCCACAUAGGUAUGUAUCCCCCCUUCAGGUUUCUUCCAAUGAGCCAAAUACUCAGCCCCUGCUCUAAAUAUUUGAAACUAGAAAGAUGAGUAACAACAUCAUGUGUUGGUGGGAGUGUGAUUCCAGUUAGUGAUUGCUGAUUGUGUUGUUUUCGUUAUACACAAAUGCGAAAGUUUUAAAUAGUACUUUAUUCAAUCGGCAUCAAUGACAGCAUAGUCUAUGUAUAGUUAAUAGUUUUGACCUGGCCAGUGGCACUGUUCUCACAAAACCGCACAGCAGAGCCUUUACCCCGAGCAAAGUGGCUAAGAAAAGUUGGAUCAGUUUGCAUCUGAUCGGCUGUGACCCCUCUUCCUGAAUCAAUCUAUGAAAAUCCAGUACAACGAGCCUUGUUUUACUUCUCUGGCUUAUAAAGGGUAAAUUAUUUGCUAUACCUUGUUAUCAUUUGCGUCUCGUGCUUUAAUGUGUUUGAAAUGUGAUUUGACUAAAUCAUCUAACGGAACUGAUUUGUGUUUAAGAGGAUUUUAAUUUUCUUGCAAUUGAUUUUAGAAGUUCAAGAGCAUUCUAGAAUGGCCCCCGCGACUUUAAACCGGUUAAAUUUGACUAUCGCUUGGCAUCUUAAGCCUUAUCCUGAUGUUAUUCAGAGCAUCAGAUCUCAUUAAGUCUGUACAAAUAACGUUUUCACAUUUCAUCAUAAAUAUUCUUUACCGGACCGUCAGGACCGCUCAAAUAUCAACAAACCUAGGUGUUUAAAUACUCCUGGAGGGAAAUGAUUUCUCAUUAAUCUUGCUGCAUGGCUAGAGUAAAAUAAAAGCUCUUGGAAGAACAGCUCUGGAUACCUUUGCAAUGACCAAGUGGACACGUUUUAGAUACAUAUGAAACCCAUAAGAUAAAGACCGCCGGUUGGAAAGUUAACUGAACAUAACCGGUUUGCUUAAGUUUAUCCUCAAGGAGAAGCAAUGCGCCUAACUUCUGAAAAUCCUUAGUUCAGUGUCAUGGCAACACCUAUGCAAAUAGUCUAUGAAACGUGUGCUUUAGAAAGUAACUCUUUUAGUAACAGAACAUGUGCUUUUCUGUCUUCUCUGCGUCCACCCCAGGGCCAAUUCAUUAACGGGGCUGGCUAACGGCCCCGUAAUAAUGACCGUGGAAUCAGGCAAACCUCUCCCUGUAGCAUAAGGAGAAAUAGAAGAAUUACCAUAUGCUUUCUCUUCAUUUCUGGAUGGCUGGGGGUCGGGCUGCAGCUGCUGCCCUUGCUGCUACUUCUGUUACCAAUGGCAUUCAGACUGACAGCUCUCGGUGCCAAACCAACAACUGUACUCAGGAGCUCCUGAACAACACCGUGGUAGCGGUAGCAGGAACAGCAGCAGCCGCCACCUCCACCCUAGCCGGGCCGGGACACUCUCUUGGGUCCACCGCUACCACUGAACAGCGAGCAGCGCAGCUGGGAACGACCCUGCAGGAGACACGUGUGUGUCCGCCGGCUUUGCAGUCCCGGGUCCAUAUCUCCGCCUAUUCCCUUCGCCCUCGGCCACAUGCUGACGGGAUAAGCAUGGAAGCCCUCUCAAAAUCGCCCGGCGAGCGAGCCACUAGCCACAAAGGGGGAGCGGGAGCGAAGGGCAGCAGGAUGAAGCGCCGCCCUGCAGAGCCAUUCACCACAAUCACAUCCAAGGAAUCGACCUAUGUGGAGAUUCAGGAUUUCCCCCGAGGGAGGGAAGCCAGUCCCCAGACCCUAAAGCUGACUUUGGCAGGGAGCGGAGGAAAAGUGGCUUUUCUCAGCCCUAAAAACGGAGCUUGUGAGAUCAGCGCUGUUAGCUGCUCAGCUCACAACGCGCUGGCAGAGGCAAGUGGAAAUCCAGCAUCCUUGGACCGUGAAUCUAAACCCGGGGCCAGCCCGGGGAGGAAGGGUAAUGAGGCGGGGGGAUGCAGCGCUGGCUCCAACUCAGGCGGAUCUAAUGAAAACACUUCGUUUGGACUGUCCAACACGCAGCUUUACCCGAGCGGGUGCCCGGAGUCGUCGUCCUCUUGCCCAUCCCCGGUGAACAAGGCAAGCGCGUUCCCCAAAACGGAUGACACCGCAACCGAGGGCAAAACCUCUUCUUCUUCCUUUGGGUACGAAAGCGACGAUGACGAGGAUGCUGAGUGCAAAGCAAGAGGGGGGAGCCGGGGGGCUUCCCAGCCCACCUACUGCGGCGAGAGCAGCCCUGCUAACGAGGAGGCGCAUUACAUUACCACGCACGAAAUUCAGCUCAGCGAGGUGGACCACGACAUGGACUUUGACUUUGGUCUGGCCUCCAGGUGGGACUUUGAAGACAACAAUGUGAUCUACUCCUUCGUGGAUUACGCCUCCUUUGGGAGCGACGAGACCCUCGGGGACACGCAGACAGAGGAGGACAAUAGCUGUUAUCUCAGCACGACCAGCGAUGCCAAUAACCAGACGGACAGCAUCGAUAACACCAGCAGUACGGAGAUAGUCAGCAUUAACUCUGAAAACGAUACCCCCAGCACAGACAAAUGCGCCAGCUCGGAAGAAAGCCAGCCCAAGAACCCCAGCCACAUGAGUGAGAACCCAGCUGCAGGCCACAUUCUCCUAUCAAUCAAACCGACUUCCCGGGCUAUAAAUGAGCUUAACAACCUGCAUGAGAAGCAAAACAUUAUUUACGCUGCCAAGCAUGAAGGCGACAUGAGCCUCCGUGUCUCCACAGCUCCCGAACGCAAGGCCAGUUUCAAACAAGACGCGAUUCAUGACCAGGCAAAAAAAUUUAUCGCUGUCCCCGCGCGUUUGCAAACCCGGUGUGGAGCCAUAAGGGCGAAGGAAGUGGGGGGAUAUUCCAGCGGUGCCUCUAGCGCGGUCAGCGAGCUGGAUGAUGCGGAUAAAGAAGUGCGAAACCUGACGGCCCGAGCUUUCCGGAGCUUGGCUUACCCCUACUUCGACACGCUGAACUUCAGCUCCAGGGAGUCCUCCACGUCCCUUUCGGAUCAGGCGCUGGGGAUCAACCGAUGGUCCACUUAUUUAGACCUGAAGUGCGGCAAUCUCGGGCAGAAACCGGAGCAGAACCUGUUCAAGAGCAGCGCCGAACCUACCGCAUGGCACAGAAACGCUGGGGCGAAGACGUGCAGUGACCAGUUCUACAUUCGCUCCAAUAAAUCGCAGACGAAAGCCCUAGAGUUCGUGGUUAGCAAGCUCGAUGGGGAAAUAACCCACGUGGAAACGCCAGCGUGCUUCGAGAAGCGGAUCCAGUCGGGCUCCCGGGUUGUAACGUUGUUGGAGACGUUGAAUUUUAGCAGCAAUGUUAAUGCGGGUGUCCCCAGACCUGCGAAACGUCCUGGACAUGCUGCCGCUGGGGCAGGUUGCGCAGAGGAGCUUCCGGAAACGCUGCCCAGGGAGCCGGGUCAGGAGGCUAGCAAACAAACCGGACUGGCCGCGGCAGAAGUCCCGGAGGGCACCCCGAAUAAAUCGAAAUUCGCCUCCAGCCUCCUCAAGAAUGUCAUCUCGAAGAAAAUGCAGCGGGAGCACGAGUUCAAAAUGGAGAGGGGGGAGAUCACAGACACUUCGUACAGGGGGCUGGCCGCGUCCUUGCCUGGCAAGGAGCAGGAGGGCUCGGCCAGGGAGAAGCUGAAAGAUGGGGGCAUGCAGAGGCAGAACUCCAGGUAUUCCGAGGGCAGCUCUGACUACACGAUUGUGACAGCAGAGGACCCGGGGGAGUUUUCUGACAGCAAGUCGCCGACCUCCAAAGCGUCCACCCCUCGCCUAGAUCGACCCCUGUCGGAAACGCGCCUGGAGGAUGUGUGCGAAAUUAAGAAGAGCGCCUCGGAGGCGAUCAAAGCGACCUUCCUCCGCAGCCAGAACAGCGCGUUCAGAUCCUGGAAAGAGAAAGAGGCAGAGAAGAAGAAAGAAGAGCGAGCUCCCAUCGGGAAACUUCAGUUCUCCUCCGCCAAAUACGACUGGCGGGCCGAUCUGGGUGAGAUCUCAGCCAGCAAGUCCACUAAAAUGUCUCGUCUCUUCGUCCCAAACAUUCAGCGCACCCCCAAGGGAAAGCAGCCUGGCACGCAGGUGACAAAGUACUCCACAGCCACCUAUGCGGCUCGGGCUGCCACCCCCGUAAAGCCCAGAGCCCCCGAGAUCAAGAUCAGCCUAGGUAGCGUGCAGCCAAGCAAGGAUCACCCCUUUGACAUCGCUAAGCUGCUCACCCCCAAACUAGCCGCGACCGCACCAACCCUUUUCAAGGCAGCGGAGGAGCCCCGAGGCCAGCCGCAGAAGGCAUUCAAAGCGGACGGCCUGGACAAGGUGCCGCAAUUCUUGGUGCGCGAUAUAAGAGAAAACAAGCCUAAAGUCCCCGGACCCAUUCACCAGGUCAGAGACGUCAGGAAACUGAUCAAGAGCUCCUACGGCCACGACUCGGGCGAUACCAACAGCGACAGGAGCAGCGCGCUCUCCGACCAGUGCAGCGCUGAGCAGAAACCGAGGCAGCUGGCCAUAGCCGGGAUCCCCAGGGCUCUGUCUCCCAUGGUGAUAACCUGCCAGGCGGUCAGUAACAGCAGCGAGGACAAGGGGCCGGGCGAGACGGGGGGCAAGGUGCUGCCUGCCACGGCAGAGGGGACAAUCCUGGUGCACAGGACCUCCGGGAGGCUGCCCGUGGCCACCAUCGCCCCCAACAAGAGCGACCCUCGCUUGCCCGCAGUGCUGAAGAUCGUGUCCAAAGCCUCCGCACCCUGGCGGCAGCAGCCGCCGCACGCUCCCGCACCCGCUGAGAAAGACAAGGGGGCGGACGAGGAGCCGCGGGAGGAGGCCAAGGGGCCGCCCAGCCGCAACGCGUUGGAGAAGCUGACGGCGGCGGUGCGCAGCAUGGAGGAGCUGUACAGCUUCAGCAAGCACGAGUGGAAGCGCAAGAGCGACCCGCGGCCCAUCACCGACAGCCACGUGCUCUCCCUCAUCGCCAGCGAGGAGCGCGGCUGCCGGGCGGCCGCGGGGCCCGCCGAGGCGAGGAGCGCGGCCCCGGCGCCGCCCGCCCCCGAGCGCCAGCCCCUCCCGGGCUCCGGCCCCAAGUCCGACAAGGUCUCGGCCAGGGCGGCCGCGUUCGAGAGCCUGGCGCGGGAACGGCCCCGGCCCCUGCCCGGGCCCCGGGGGGAGGCGGGCGCGGCGGACAGAGCCGCCGCCCCGCAGCCGCCACGAAGCAGCGUCUUCACCAUCAGCUCCGCGCAGAAGGCGGCGGCGGCCCCGGCCAAGCUCCCCGCCGCGGCCUCGCCGCUCCGCAGCCUGAAGGGCCAGGCCGGGCCGGGGCCGCGCGCCCUCAAGCUCUCCCCGGCCGCCGCCGCCGCCGCAGGGAAGGGGCCUGGCGAAGCCGAGAAGGACGCGGCCGGGCCCGACUGCGGGAACUACCUGGCCAUGCCGCUCAAGGAGCCGCCGGCCGCGGGAGGCGCCGGCCACCCGGGUCCGCUCUCGGCCUCGGCGGCCGCCGCCGCCCUGCAGCCCUUCAACGCCGCCAAGAGCCGGGGCCGCCUCAGCCCCAAGCAGCAGCCCGGCCCCGCCGCCCCGCCUGCGGCCGCCCCGGAGCUGCCGCCCGCCGCCAUCUACCAUCAGCCGCUGCCCAUGGCCGCCCUGCACGGGGCGCAGCCCCCGCCGCUGCUCUGCUUCUCGCCGCCCUCGGCCGCCGAGCCCUUCCCGCAGACGCAGCGCAAGGUGCUGCUGGACCUGAGCACCGGCCAGUACUACCUGGUGGACGCGCCUGUGCAGCAGCCCCUCAAGAAGCGGCUCUUUGACCCCGAGACCGGGCAGUACGUGGAGGUGCCCAUGCCCCAGCAGCCGGCCGUGGCCCCGAUGCCGCUCCCCAUCUCCCCGCUAGCGCUCAACCCGGGGGCGUAUGGUGCCACCUACAUGAUCUACCCUGGCUUCCUGCCCACCACCAUCCUGCCAGCUAAUGCCCUGCAGACCCAGCUCUCCCUCCCGGGCAGCGACGUCAGCGCCUCCGCCGAGACCAGCAGCCCAAGGGCAGCACUGGGGGGAGGAGGAGGAGAGGCCACUUUUGUGGAAAGUCCGUAUUAUAUCGCCACGGGUAAAUCCCAAUCGUCAGCCGCCACUGCCCAGCUCAGGGGGGCAGAGGGGAAGCCGGUAAUCAGCAUCACCUCCCAGCAAAUGGGGCCAAGGAUAAUUGCCCCGCCCUCUUUUGAUGGUACCACCAUGAGGUUCGUGGUGGAGCACAGAUGAUGAUAAACCAAAGAGGCUGCUGGAACAAGGAAGAAGAAUUAUCCUCCUUUAACCUGAAAACGUGGUAACACUAAGCAUUCAUCCUUAAAAACUGCUUCCACAGUUUUCUCAUUUUUUGCUUCAUACAAAACAAGUGUGCACAAAUUGAAAUUAUCCUCAGGAUGAAAUGCACUGCACGUACACAGGUAGUGAGUGAUUUAACAUAUACUCUUCUCAUUUACCUGCAUCACUGUGGAAAUCAGGUGAAAGAAAUAAUGUUUUAACACUUUUAGAACUCUGAAGUGCACAACUAGAAUAUAUAGCAUGUAAAGUUCAUCCUUGUGUUCCUCAAUAAUAUUGCCUAGAUUUAUAAGCUUUACAUUUUUAUCAGAAUUUUGCUUUUCUGUUCAAGUGCCUCUUAAAGAAAAUGAAUGCAUCUUUGCUGUUUUCAUGAAUGAUAAUGAUAAAAGUCUAUAUAUGGUAUGAAUAGGAUUUCUGUGUUAUAUGAAACAGACAGUACUUCAGACUGCAGGACAGUAUAGAUACCAAAGUAGAUUAACCAUAGUCACACAAAUAUGUGUAUGGUACACACACUAUAAUACUAGCAUCUGCAUUUAAAAAUAUUAGCAACAUCAUACCUUUUUCUAUAACGGUGCUCAGAGAGGAGUUUCACAUUACAGUUUACAAGUUGUAGGUUUGCACACACAAACUCUCAGGGUUUACAGUUUUGCCCGGUGUACUUGAAAGAAAAAAAAGGUGCCCUGUAUUUCAACAUAUAUUGUUGGGAAAAAAAUAUUUGUAGUAAUUGUUUUUGUUAAACUGCCUGUAAAAAAUGAAAGCAAUAACAUGAAGCAGUAUCAACAAUUAUUUGUUUUCUCAGGGGAAAUCUCUUCAAUAGAAUGUUUGACAUUAGGAUUGAAACAGUGUUUGCUUAAUUUUGUCUGUUAAUAUUAAACAGACUACAUGUUUGCAUAAAGGGUCAGUUACGUGAGGUGUUAUAUGCUUUGGUCCUGAUCCAGCAAAGCACUUGAGUAUGUCCUUACCCUUAAGCACUUGAGUAACUCCACUGACUUCAGUGGAACCACUGACAUGUUUAAGCAUGUGCUUUGGUGCUUUGCCUCGUUGGGGCCAGAACUCUCAGCAUCCUGCAAGAUGGAGCCCCAGUCCUGAACAUUAUGUGUGUACAAAUAGUACUCCAGGCUUGAGUCUAACAUGAAAUAUGCAGGCAUACAUUGCUGUAAAGAGUAGUAAUAUGGUGCUUAUGCAUGCAUACCCAAUGGUGAAUUUGUCAAGCUAACGUGGUCAUGUGUAACCACAUAUCUUGGAUUAGAAUCAAGCCCUCUGUGUCAGGUUCACAAGCUGCUAGUAUUGUAUGUUUCAUAUUGUGGUCAUAGUACCUUAGGGUGAAAUUCACUCCUCUGUAGAGAAUCCGCACAAAACCCAGGCACCACUCAAGUUCCACAUAAGCCCUGUGGGCCCGAUCCAAAGCCCUCUGAAGUCAACAUAAAGAAUCCUGUUCAUUUCAGUAGAUUUUGAAUCAUGUCCUGCUUGAAGGCUUAAAUGAGACUCGAGAGGUCCUUGUGUUAAUCUGCAGCGCAGGGGGGUGAAUUUCACUCUUUUUAGAAUUAUUGAUACAUAUUCACUUCGGUGAAUAAUUUUAAAGGUAUAUUUAUGGGUUGUGUGUUUAUUCCCGUCUGCAUUCGAAGAUGAGUUUACUAUGUAGUAGUGAUGGCCAAAGUGUCAUUCCUUUUCUUAGAAGUUACCAUAAACUUGUGGCUACCUGGGAAUGCAUACAAUACUUUAAAACAUGCUUGAUGUGGAAGAUAUAUUUUUUUUUUUUUGCGGGGUGGGGGGACACAUCAGUAUUAAGACAUUGAACAGCACACAUAUGAAGUAAAGACAGUGAUUGUUAAAGAGAAUGUGAGUGGUAUGUUUGAUUAGAGCAUAGUGGGUUACAUUGUAAAUGGUAAAGGCAGAGUGUUGUGAAGGUUUUGAAAUGACAAUGUAUUAUUGCCAGUGGAAAAAGAGAAGAUAUAUAAAUGGAGAGAAUUUGACUCUUUAAAUUGCUUUCAACCUAGACAACAUUGUGGCAAGUUCCUAGCUGAAGUCUGAAGCGAUCACAUUACAGAAUGCUGUGAGCUUGGAAUUUAAGGACAAAAAAUACAGCAAAAUAGCUCUGAGAAUUGCACUAACUGUGUGUUGCACAAGGAGAAAAUUUAAUUAGAUGCAAAUCAUGUGAGAAUGGACUGUUUGAAACCGUUGAAUACCAGAGUUUGUAAUUCAUUGGCAAACAUUUGCGUAUGUUUUUUUUUUUUGAAUGUUAUGACAAAUGAAAUGUAUUUUUCAGUAAAAGACACAUUGCAAACAA